AUGGCAUCUUUGCUUGUUCUUAUCAUACUGUCCCUCAUUUCGCAGGCAGCUACCUACCCUACGGGGGCUACCAAUGUUGGCACUUCAAACUUUACGUCUCUUACCGAUGGCUUCUGGUCUACAAAUCUUCCGAAUGAUACUGUCGUAUUCAACAAUGUGACAGCAGGCGAUGAACGUUUCAACGAGCAUUGGCAAUACGACAAUCUUGAUGAAUGCAAAUGGGUCAUGAGCUAUAUCCCCGUCGUCAGUUCCGAGUGCACAGAGUAUUGCGAGGCCGAUACCUACAACUGGGGCAAAAAAUACCACCGCCUCCGCUACCAUAUCAAGCUUUCCGGGAAUGGCCAAAGCCCCCACAUCUGGUGUGACAACUUCAAGGCGAGAAUGAUGCGCAACUGUGCUGUCCGGGAACCCGACUUCUUCAACUGCAAUACCGGCAGAGCUCCGGCGUUACCCGGGCUUGAUAGCUGGGCUGCCACACCCGCUGGAGUUGUGGCAAUGCCCGGAAUCAACCUCAGAUUCGACUUCAGCCCAGAUUGGAACCCUCGUGAUGCACAACACGACUGUGUCAGAUCGGCUAUCCGUGAAGCAACUUGCGCCGGGACGGUGUUCACCAACGGUCUCAGAUGCAUUCCUGUGUUGUAUAAGUCUCCGAAUGCUGGUGCUGCCGAGUUUGACGAGUCAUACGUACCACCUAAUUCACGAUGUCUUUAUAACUAUGAGGUUCCGGAAGAGGCAACAUGA